AUGUCUCACCGGCGCAAGACCACAAGGGCAUCGCCUUCGAGCACCGGAGACCACCUCAGCGCCCUCCCGGAUUCCGUGCUGCAGCACGCGCUUGGCUUCCUUGAGGGGCGGGAAGCCGUGCGGACGUGCGUGCUCGCCCGGCGCUGGCGCCACGUCUGGAGGCUCAUCCCUCGCCUGCGCAUCACCGACGUCGACGCGUUUCGGAGUGUCGAGAAGCUGAACGAGUUUGUGGACCAGCUGCUUCUGCCCCGCGACCGCGGCUCCGCACUGGACGAGUGCGAGUUUGAUCUCCGCGGGUUCUUGCGGCUGGAGGACGCACGAAUUGACCGCUGGAUCCGCCGUGUUUUGAAGUGCCAUACCCGGUUGCUGCAAGUCCAGCUCUACACUAAUCUACCAGCCACUGCAGAGCCAUUUCAAUCGUUCGUCAAACUGGCCAACCGACCUCUCUUCUCCCGGCACCUGUGGCGAUUAGAGCUCAAUGGCCUCUGCUUGGAAGGUGGCUUGCUUGAUUUUUCGAGCUGCUCGGUGUUGAAAGAUCUGAAGAUCACUAAUGGUGUCGUCUCUACUGAUCAGAUCCUGUCCCAAUCCUUGAAACAACUUACCAUCAUUGGUUGUGAGCUUUGUUGGCAAUUCCACCCAACUCUUAUAUCUGCUCCAAGUCUUAUUUCACUGCAGCUAGAUGAUUAUGUCGGUGUGACUCCAGUCCUUGAAAGCAUGCCAUUGCUAGAAACUGCAACUGUGAAUCUUGGCCAUCAAAAUGAGCAAUAUUGUGAUUUCUGUGAUAAAGGUGGCUUUGGAGAUUGUGAAUGUGGGAUGUGUUAUAUGUAUCCAGACAAUGAUUGUACACCCGACGUCUCUGUUCAUCUUAUGGGUCUGUCUAGUGCUACAUGUUUGGAAUUGAUAGCUUCCUCUCAAAUGGUUACGUUCAGAAGGGAUCUUCGAUACUGUCCUGCAUUCAGUAAGCUAAAAUCUUUGUUACUCAGUGACUGGUGUUUAGUUGCUGACUUCCAAACACUACUGUACUUUCUCCAUUACACACCACUUCUAGAGAAACUCACUCUUCAAGUCUGUCAGAAACCCAAAUCCAAUAUGGAAUUAGAAGGCAGUGACUUUUUGGAACAAUCCCUUGCGCUGAAGUACCUUAAGACAGUGGAAGUUAAAUGUCAAAUGAUUGAUGAGCAGAUUCAUAAUAUUUUGAAGAUCUUGAGCUUCAGCAGCAAAUCCCUGGAGAAAAUUAAUGUCCAAAAGCUGUAG